UAGUGCUUAUCCUGGUGAAGAUGAGUGGGGGAGAUGGUACAAGCUCUGGGAAAUCUACUGGAAAUACAUUGUGCAGCGCUCAGAAGGAUACCCUAGACACUGAUUCUGUAAACUUGCCUUGCAUCAGGCGUCUCGACGCCGAUGUCGUGAACCGGAUUGCCGCCGGCGAGGUGGUGGCCAAGCCAGCCAAUGCCGUAAAGGAGCUCGUGGAGAAUAGCUUGGACGCGGGGGCAAAGUCGAUCGUGGUGACGGUGAAAGACGGAGGCAUGCGGCUGCUUCAGAUUCAGGACGACGGUCACGGGAUCCGGGUAGGUUGA